UACUGCCUUUGGCUUUUACACUGGGAAAAGCCUUUCAGUCUGUAAACACCAGCUCCAUGGACAUGCCUGACAUUGAUAAUAUUCUUGGGGGGGCUAUUUAUUGCCAAGAAUCAACGAAAAGCCCCACACAACCAUCUUCUUGCUUCUGAAUCUUCCCACAACUCUCCUUGACACAGCCAUAAAAACCCCUAUAAAGAAUCAGUACCUGCACACCUCAGAACCCGAAGGAGACCACCGGUAACUGCUGAUAACUUUGUCUUGAACCAGACCCUUCAGAAGGAAAAACCAGAGGAGUCUGUGGCCAUGAGGAUUGUGGACGUAGCAGGUGGGCAACAGGAAAAGUAUGUGAACCCAGCUUUUGCAAUCUGACAGCGGCGGGUGAAAGCGAGUGGAAGGAAAAGACAUUCCCCUGAAGAGGAGUUGGAGAAGAGCCCUCAAGCCCUGUCUGCACUAGGUAAAGGACAGCCACGCCACUUUAGCCUAAAUCCAUAUCCCCCAAGCCCUGGAGGUACACUGGUGGUUGAACUGAUUUUCCAGUGGCAGCAUGGACAUCAAGGAAUAUUUCACCAGGAUUUCUUACCAGGGCUCCUAUGAUAAGCCAGACCUGGCUACUUUGACCGAUGUAUUCCAGCACCACAUCCGAGCGGUCCCUUUUGAAAACCUCAGCAUCCACUGUGGGGAAAGCAUUGAGCUGGACCUGGAAGCUACUUACAACAAGAUAGUGAGGAAAAACCGUGGGGGCUGGUGCAUGGAAAACAACCACCUUUUAUCUUGGGUCCUGAAAACCCUCGGCUAUGAUGUCACCCUUCUGGGAUCAAAAGUUUAUGUCCCGGAGUACGACGCAUAUGCAGAUGAAAUAGAUCAUCUGCUGCUAAAAGUGGCGCUUGAUGACAAAUCUUUCAUUGUGGAUGGUGGGUUUGGGAUGGCUUACCAGGUGUGGCAGCCAAUGGAACUGAUUUCAGGGACAGACCAGCCGCAGACUCCUGGCGUCUUCCGCUUCCAGGAGGAGAGUGGGGUCUGGUACCUUGAGAAGGUGAAGAGGAAGCAGUGGGUUCCCAACCAAAGCGUCUCCACUUCCCAUAAUGUAGAAAAAGAAGUUUGCCGCCGGGUUUAUCUCUUCACACUUCAGCCACGAGACAUCGAAGAGUUCCGAGCCCGCAAUGCCCACCUGCAGACAGCGCCUGACUCGCUGUUCGUGACAAAGUCUAUCUGUAGCCUGCAGACUGCCGACGGCAUCAGGGCUCUGGUGGGGUGGAAAUACACUGAGAUAAAGUACAAUUAUAGGGAUAAUAUGGAUCUGGUGGAAAUUAGAAUCCUCGCAGAUGAAGAAAUGGAGAAAACACUGAAAGAGAAAUUCAAUAUAACACUAGACAAGAAAUUUGUACCCAUCAAUACAAGCAGGUUGUCUCUGUUUUAACUCACUGCCUAAAUUAUAAUUCAGUCCAGUGGCAUUACAUGCAAUCCUUCCCCCUGUUUCUGAGAAGCAUUUAAAGGUUAAGCUUUCUCUUUCCAUCUACACCAGCGUAAGGCAGAACAUGUUAGCAUGAAUCUGGAAAAUAAAUUGAUUUUUACAACUGC